AUGUUAUAUGUUAUUGUUAUUCCAUAUAAGAAAAAUGGAGAAAUAUUGAUAUCUAAGCGAUUAGUUAAAUUUUAUAAAGAUUUAUAUUGCUCACCUGGUGGUAAAGUUAAAGAGGGUGAAAAAGUUGAAGAUGGAGCAAGAAGAGAAUUAUAUGAAGAAACUGGAAUUAUUAUUAGAAAUAAAUUUGAAAUGAUAUUAGUUAAUAGAUAUGAAAAUAAACAUAUAUAUGUUUAUAAAACAUUAGUUGAUAAUUCAGUUGUUAUUGAAAAUAGAGAACCGGAAAAACAUGAAGGUUGGUUUUGGACUAAUCGAUUUUAUGAUUAUCCAUUAAUUCCAACAAUGGAUAUUUUUAAAAAGGAAAUAUUAAAACAUAUUACACCAAAGUAUAUUGUAUUUUCUGGACCAACAGGUGUUGGAAAAACAAGUUUGAUGAUUAAAUUGAAACAAGAAUUGGAAAAAGAUGGAUUUUCUGUUGAUAUUUGUACUGAAUCUAUAUUGAAAGAUUCGAAUUAUUUAUUGGAAUAUAAAAAAAAUGAUAUUCAGAAAUUUGAAUAUGCAUUAUUGAAUCAAUAUCAUAGACGAAGAAUUGAAAUGUUGAAUUCUUCAAAAAAUUUUGUUAUUGUUGAUCGAGAAGUUUUUGAUGGUGAUAUAUAUAAAGAAGUGUAUGGAUUUGAAAAAGAAAUAAUUAAAAAAGAGCAUGUUGAAAUUAAAGAUUUAAUGUUAGUGUUUCUUAUAUUAUGUAAUGAUAGAAACUUGGAAAGAAAUUAUUACGGAAGGGAAGAAAAAGAUAGGAAAUAUCCAUUAAAAGAAUGUAAAAAAAUUCUUAAUGUAUAUCGUGAAAAAUUUAAAAAAGAUGUUUGUGGUGAUGCAAUUGUUAUUAAUAAUGAUAGUGAUUUAGAAGAUGGUGUUAAUAAUAUUAAAGAAUAUUUUAAUCCAUAUUUAAUUAAAUUAUAA